CAUUUCAUUUCAUCUGUAAAACUGACUCAUCGCUCAUAGAUUUGUUCAAUAUUCAGCAAAUUCAUGGCUUCUCUUUCUUCCCUUCCCUCCAUUUCUACUGCUUCCUCAACGACUCUAUCUACAUGUCCUAGUUUAUCUCAAAAGAUGACACAGAUUUCUGUGAUUAGGAAACAAAAACACAAUCAUCUUAGAGUUAUCCAAUGUAGAGCAAACAAUAAAGACCAUGAUCAAGAUGGAUCCAGUAGCAUUUUCAUUGGUAGAAGAAAUAUACUUAUUGGUCUAGGAGGUUUAUAUGGUGCAACAACAUCUAGAUUCGGUGCAGACGGUAUGGCUAUUGCGGCUCCUAUACCUCCACCAGCGUCAAACUGUGGUCAAGCAGAAACACCAGUGGAUUGUUGUCCACCACUAAAUACACAAAUUGUUGAUUUUAAGAAACCAUCUUCUUCUACUCCUCUUAGGAUUCGCCCGGCAGCUCAGUUAGUUGAUGAGGCUUAUAUUGCUAAAUAUAACAAAGCCUAUGAACUAAUGAAAGCUUUGCCCGACGAUGAUCCCCGUAGCUUUUACCAACAAGGUAAUGUCCACUGUGCUUAUUGUGGUGAUGCUUUCAAUCAAUCUUUAGCUGGUUACCCUGGAUUAGAAAUUCAAGUCCAUAGAGGCUGGCUUUUCUUUCCAUUUCAUAGAUACUAUCUUUACUUCCAUGAGAAGAUAUUGGGUAGUCUAAUUGGUGAUCCAACUUUUGCUUUACCAUACUGGAACUGGGAUUCUCCUGCUGGUAUGCAAAUGCCAUCUAUGUAUAUGAACCCCGCUUCUGCUCUUUACAAUCCACUUCGUGACGCUCAACAUCAACCACCAACUACAGUUGAUCUUAAUUACAGUUUUGUUGAUUCUGCACAACAACAAAUUAAUGAAAAUCUUGCUACUAUGUACCGACAAGUGGUGUCUGGAGGAACGACACCCACACUUUUCUUAGGAUCUCCAUAUCGAGCCGGUGAUCCACCAAAUCCUGGUGCAGGAACAAUUGAGCUUGCUCCCCAUAAUACAAUUCAUCUUUGGACUGGAGAUAGAACACAACCUAACAGGGAAGACAUGGGUAACUUCUAUUCUGCAGCAAGGGAUCCAAUCUUUUUCACUCAUCAUGCAAACAUUGACAGAAUGUGGACUGUAUGGAAGAGUUUAGGAGGAAAACGGAAGGACUACACUGAUCCUGAUUUCUUAAAUGCUGCUUUUCUUUUCUAUGAUGAGAAAAAACAGCUCGUCAGAGUGACGGUUAAAGAUUGUCUGGAACCAGAAAAUCUAAGGUUCAAGUAUCAGGAUGUGGAAAUUCCGUGGCUGCAAACAAAGCCCAAAGUUCCUAAAGCAAGGAUGCUCCGGAAUAAAAUAGAACAGAAGAGAGCAGUGGGCACGACACAGUUCCCUAUAAUACUCGAUAAGACAGUACGAGUUUUGGUUAAAAGGCUAAACACAAAAUCAAGAAGCAAGAAAGAAAAAGAAAAUAAAGAAGAGAUUUUGAUUAUAAGCGGAAUUGAGAUCGACAGAGGUGCUCCUGUAAAAUUUGAUGUCUAUAUCAAUGAAGACGACAAGGUUGGUCCCGAAUCAAGUGAAUAUGCAGGUUGUUUCACUAAUGUACCACAUGCACAUGGAGAUUAUCAUAAAGGCAAGAAAAUCAAGACUAGUUUGAAGUUAGGAUUAAAUAACAUUCUUGAAGAUUUAGAUGCUGAAGAUGAUAAAGAAAUUCUUGUUACUCUAGUACCAAAAUAUUCAGGAACAUUAGCAAAGUUUGUUACAAUUGAUGGUAUGGAAAUCCAGUAUGAUUAAUCAAUAUACCGACACUAGU